AGGAUUCUAGAAACCCCGGCAAUGGACUCGAACAGAACCCAGCCUAGAACCUUCUUCCCCCUUCCCCACGCUUCUACUCCCUCUACAAAACCCCCAACUUUUCUCUCUUAAACCCCAGCUUCUUGUAGUCAUCGAAUAGCAAUCUCAGCUCUCCAAAAAUCUCCAACUAUGGCUUCUUCCAUCGCUCUCCGAAGGCUUGCCGCUUCCUCUGCAACUAAGCUUUUCAAUCCUGUUCGCUCAGCCUCUGUUCUCCCCUCCUCUCUUGCUCGUUCUUUCAACACCAAUGCUCAGAUGACCAACUACGACGAUGACGACCGCUCUGUUGAUGUGGACCGACGCUCUGACCGCUCCCUCUCUCGUUCUCGUGAUCGCUUCCCUGGUUUCGGAGGUAAUGUGUUCGAUCCAUUUUCUCCAACUAGGAGCCUAAGCCAGGUUCUGAAUCUGAUGGAUCAGUUCAUGGAGGACCCAUUUCUGGCAGCAUCACGAGGAGUAGGAGCAGGAACAAGGAGGGGCUGGGACGUGAAAGAAGACGAUAAUGCUCUAUAUCUACGAAUGGACAUGCCAGGACUGAGCAAAGAUGAUGUGAGGGUGAGUGUGGAGCAGAACACACUGAUCAUCAAAGGAGAGGAAGCGAAAGAAUCGGAAGACGAAGAAGAUCGUAGACGAUUCUCGAGCAGACUAGACUUGCCUGCGAAUCUGUACGAACUGAAUUCAAUCAAAGCAGAGAUGAAGAAUGGGGUGCUGAAAGUGGCAGUGCCAAAAGUGAAGGAAGAAGAAAGAAAGGAUGUGAGACAUGUUACUGUUGAGUAGUUUGGUCCCUCGAAACUAGAAAAUGGUGAAGAGAUUCUUCUUUCGUCCUAUAUAGGUUUAGUUAGUUUGAUGCUUUGGGUUCUUGUGUCUGCAUGUGAAUAAGACAUAAGGAUUUCAGAGUUGUUUCGAUAAUGUCGUGUAAGUUGGUUGAAGAGUUGAGAAAGUGUUUUUGAGAUGAAUAUCUUUGAAUAAACGUUCUUUGAAUUGAAGGCA